GUUGCAAGGAUACGUCAGACAAUGGUGUACUAGUAACCUGAUGGUACGUUGACGAAAUCUUCCUGUGGGGAUCUUCAGCCGCUAGUACUUCCUGCAUCAACGCAACCAUCGAUUGUUCCCAGUACAUAUGGACUCCCUGAAGGACCGUGUGAGAACUUUCACGGAGGGCAUUUUGAUCAUGGCUUGCCCGGUGCUUGUCGCCGUUGCAUUGAAGAAAGUGGACUUGAAGAGCGAGGGAAAUGCAACUGUUCGAGGCAGCAUCUCGCCAGUCGCGGCUAUUAGUCUGUUCCUGUCUUUAUUCACCUUCGUCCUCCUCGGUAUCGCGAGCAUCCUGAAAGGCUUGUUACCACAUCGGUUUCCCUAUCAAUUAGAGUUGGUAUUUCGUUUCUCGAAGCUGCUAGUCCACGCCUGUGCCGUUCUUCAGAUGCUGCUCGCGUACAUGAUCUUUCUUCUCAUCACCAUGAGGUUCAAACCGUUCUUGGUCGUGUUGGUCGUGUUCGGUCUUUUCCUCCUUUACUGUUGCUACCUGUCUGUGAUAAAAAGCCAGGAACGAAUCGACGGGGGACAUGGACCGUGCGACUGCUAUAAGAAGCUCGAGCCGUCACUGGACUUUUCGGCCGCUCUGACGUCACUUCUGUUCCUCGCGCUGGAAGGCUUGGCGUUGGAGGGCCAGACCGCCGUCGGCAAAGACCUUGACCCACGCCUUCUUGUCCCCCUCGGCUUCACCUUCUUCUUCUGUGUGGUGGCUGUUGCAAUCAUGCUCUUGGCGGCGGUCCCUCCCGUUGACUAUAAUGGCAAUGGAUGCAUGCAGAUGUGCACGCUUUUACACGUAUUGUGUGGCGCACUAACUCUCUUCUUCGCCGUGGUGGUGCUCACGAUCACCUUCGAACUCGAGAAGGAGAAGGGAAUCACGGCGGUCGCUGUACCAUGUGUCGGCCUAUUUCUGUUCUACCUUGGGUGUCUAUGCGUCCGAGAGGGUAACGAACUGGACGGCAACGAAGUUAAACUCGCAUCGCUGGAGCUGACCAAGGUCACCUUCACAGGCUUCCUGGCCAUCUCGUUACCGAGCAUCCGCAACAGCUCGCUCAGCAGCUACACCAGUGCCUUCAUACUCAUCACUGCCAUGGCUGUGAUCUCAGGCCUCCUGUGGAGGUUCAUGACGCACUUCAAGAAAAAAGCGGCUGUCUGGACUGCUAAGGUUGCUUGUCUGUCCACCCAUGGGUUCGUGGCGGCUGCCGCGAUUGCAUUUAUGUUAAUUGCGAUGCAUGCGCUAUCUGAUGCUGAAGACGAAUGCCAUAUUCCCUGCAGUUCGAGUUCAUCCGCACAGCUACAGUUAUUUGUUACGUGCUUCAUCAAAAAAGCCAGAGAAAGAAGUUCGUACGCGCUUUCUAGUGUUAACUGCUAAACAGUAAUCAAGUGACUGAAAAUUUGUUAUAUCUCACUCGCUUUUUUCCUGCUGUAAAUCUUGAUCCGAUAUUCGUGAUUCUAGUUCUUUGUU